AAGCCACCACAACGAUGAUCUAGGAACCGAGAAACAACGCUAUUUCGCAUUGUUCGAGGACUUACCCAACUUGUGAUAAGUUUUUGGCUUGCCUUCAUCAUUCCUUAGGCGCGCAGUUAGCAAGCGGCUGAACUUCAGCCUCUUUAGCUCAGUCGGUAGAGCGCCAGCCUUUUAAGCUGGUGGUCAGGGGUUCGAGCCCCCUAGGAGGCUCUUCGGUGUACUUUCACGCAAACCGCGUUAAGCCGGCCCCUUUUUGUUUUCCCCUUCCCCUUACUCCAGCAACAAUUCGAUGCACGAUUUUUUCGCAAUCAGAGUACUGUACAUUCAUUGAGAAACCACGUCCCUGUUUUCCUUCCGGUACAUCGGCGUGGAGCUCCAACCCUGCAGGCAGUGCAUGUGCGCUGAAGAAAUACGAACGAUGUUCCUCUGCAUACUUUUGUUCAUCUGUGACAUAUCCAUCUCUCUCUCCAGUCCUCAACACGAUAUGCAAACAGAACGUCAGAAUGAUUCAGUGCGGGUGGAAAAUUUUCACACUGUGUAAACAUAUUUAGUCACACCGUGGACUGCUGGCAGCCACGGGUGUGUGGUGCCUCAGGAGAAGGGUGUACACGUUGGGCAGAGGUGUAAAUAGAACAGCUCUACAGUGAUGUGUUUUGCUCCUUUGUACCCCGGCGUUCUUUCUCCAACUGUUGCAUAGGCAAAAGUUGGUUCUUGGCCUGAGAAGCUGCUAGUGAAUGGCCAUCUGCUCAUGAGAGGACUCAAACGUGUAGAGGGCUUGUGUCUCUGUUACGAGGGUGGAAUUGUGAGGUUUGAAUUAAACAACAUACGAAUACCAAGGGCACGAAGUGGCCGGUUCGUAGUGCAAGAUAACAGCUGGACAGCAUGACAUGAGAGCGGGGUUGAGCUCUCUAGAAGCGCAGCAUGAAGAAAAACCUCGCUUCUGCCUCCUGUUGGUUCUGGUGUCAUCAUCCAGACUGUCGCUCAUUCGUGAUACACUCCAAAGCGGUGCAUGUCAUUUCCAUCAGUUGUUUCUCGAAUACUCUAGGCGGGUCCGUGAAUUUACUCGUUAGUGACCAUCCAUCCCACUCCUGGUGAAGUCUCAGAAGUACAGUAGAAGUUCUGCUAUCGAGAGAUCUAACAGUUUUCUUGUUUGCCUCUGAAGCUUGGGAUAGGGAGAUAAGCCAGCGACAAGUAAGGGUGAGUGCACAAAUGCACCCACGGUGUUCAUCCUUUCCGAGACGCCCAGGAAACCUGUGGUGUAUGCCUAAUGUCACCCCGAGUAAAAUUGGUUUGUUCAUUAACAAAGUGCGUAAAUGAUGCGCAGAGAUCUAGUGAACAAUGCUGUGGCAGCGACAGUGUAGAGCUGAUGGUUGCUCGUUUUCCUCAGUUGACUGUCUGUAAUACAUGAUUUGAAGAGCAUCGUCAUAGCCUGACAGACUGAUCGAGGAAGACCGACCAAUGAUGGGGACUGUUUAUCAAACGAGGAUCUAGUGAAAUGUUGAAAGUGUGUAAAGGAUCUCAUAGGAAAGACUUUUUGUGAUGUUGCUUUUAUUCGUUAGGAAGCUAUGCUGUCGUUGUUCAGGGAUGUUUGUGGCAUAUUGAAGGAGAGCAAACGUGACUGGAAGCUAGCGUCUCACCCAGGACGAAAAUAUGAAUGGAAUAGCGCUUCUAGUUUUUUGUUCUCUGAUGAGCGAAAUAUGUAUCACGUGAUUCUAUCAACGUCAAGCGUUGUUCACGCUGCUCCGGGCGUUUUCGAUAGGAACCACAGUUCUCUCACAAGCAGAAUAAACGUUCCCAGAGCCUUGAAAACCUGCCUCCGCGCGAAAGCUUCCUAAAAGAGGAUGUGCACUAUAUGCCUUGUGAGAAGGGGUCAGGAGAUAACGCCCUUCAGCAGGUUGAGUUUGUGUUGUUAGGGGCACUGGAGAAAGGUCCGGUAAUCUUCAGUGCCGCAUCACUUCGGGUUGUAUUAUUUUUCGAGACUCGGAAGGACUCACCAAAUACUUGUCAGUUUACUUAGUUGAUAACCGGGCGGCUGGAUUGUCUGGCGGUCCCCGCAUCUGCCCUGCUGUGGGGAACUCUCUGCGGCUUGUGGGUACUCCUGUAUGCGCGCCCUCACACAAAAAUCUUUCGUCGAUUUCCAGCACAAAGGGAAAUCGUUUGCUGUUCACGCUGAAGGAUUCAGAGUUUGCAUAGCAGCACUUCUUAGCUUGUAAACUAAACGUCUGAACUUAAGAACUCCAUGUAUACGUAUGCUUAUGUAUAUGGACGUUCCUAUUUCUUGUCAAGAGGAGGCGACGACACGGUUAUGUUUCCCCGCAACAGCAAACAAAGAUCCUCUCCUUCGCUGCACAUUUACCAACAUAGCCCUAACUUAACAAAAUGAGAGAAAUUGUACACAUUCAGGGAGGCCAGUGCGGCAACCAGAUCGGAGCCAAAUUCUGGGAAGUAAUUUCGGACGAGCAUGGAAUUGACCCUACAGGGACGUACAAUGGCGACAGCGAUCUGCAAUUGGAACGGGUAAACGUGUUUUACAAUGAAGCGACGGGCGGGCGCUUCGUCCCGCGCGCCAUUUUGAUGGAUCUGGAACCCGGCACGAUGGACAGUGUCAGAGCAGGACCCUUUGGUCAGCUCUUUCGUCCGGAUAAUUUCGUUUUUGGUCAGACUGGAGCUGGGAACAACUGGGCCAAAGGCCACUACACUGAGGGUGCAGAACUGAUUGAUUCUGUUCUCGACAUUGUCCGCAAAGAAGCUGAAGGCUGUGAUUGUUUACAGGGCUUUCAGAUCACGCACAGCUUAGGGGGAGGCACAGGCAGCGGUAUGGGCACCCUGUUGAUCAGUAAAGUCCGUGAGGAGUACCCCGACCGGAUCAUGGAAACCUUUAGUGUGUUUCCAUCCCCCAAAGUGUCUGACACAGUCGUCGAGCCUUACAAUGCCACACUCUCUGUUCACCAGCUCGUGGAAAAUGCAGACGAAGUGCAAGUGAUCGACAACGAAGCAUUGUACGACAUUUGUUUCCGAACCCUGAAGCUGACGACGCCCACGUAUGGAGAUCUGAACCACCUCGUUAGCGCUGCCAUGUCUGGUGUCACCUGCUCUCUUCGCUUCCCCGGUCAACUGAACAGCGACUUAAGGAAACUUGCGGUCAACCUCAUUCCCUUCCCUCGCCUCCACUUUUUCCUUAUCGGCUUUGCGCCCCUCACAAGUCGCGGGAGCCAGCAAUACAGGGCCUUAACUGUCCCAGAGCUGACGCAGCAAAUGUUCGAUGCAAAGAACAUGAUGUGCGCAUCGGACCCGCGACAUGGUCGCUACCUAACUGCUUGCGCCAUGUUUCGGGGUCGGAUGUCCACGAAAGAAGUGGACGAACAAAUGCUGAAUGUGCAGAAUAAGAACUCUUCUUACUUUGUCGAAUGGAUUCCGAACAACAUGAAGUCCAGCGUAUGCGACAUCCCACCCAAAGGCCUCAAAAUGUCUGUCACUUUCGUCGGAAACUCGACGGCCAUUCAAGAAAUGUUCAAACGUGUCUCGGAACAAUUCACCGCUAUGUUCCGAAGGAAGGCUUUUUUACACUGGUACACUGGAGAGGGAAUGGAUGAGAUGGAGUUCACAGAAGCUGAGUCAAACAUGAAUGACUUGGUUUCUGAAUAUCAGCAGUACCAGGAUGCCACUGCUGAAGAGGAGGGGGAAUUCGACGACGAAGAAGGAGCUGCAGAGGGUGAAGGCGCCGAGUGA